AUGUUGGCGCACUUCUGGAAAUGUUGCUCGGCUUUUCAUGAAUUACUAAAGUACUACCUAUAUGGUUCUUUUGGCCUCUUUGGUCGCAUAUUACCCUCGCCCAUCAGAAAUUAUUUGUUCGCACGUGGAAAGAGUGACGAUAUUGAGAGUUGCGGACACCCCUUAACGGAAAAUGAUUCUCCCGCCGUCGCAAAGAACCACGUUUUGGGAUCAAUUGAAGAAUAUCAAGCUGUCUUGCCAGGCAAAAUAGCAGACCCGGUCCUUUAUGAACCUCAGCUCGGUGAAACCUUGAGCCAAGGGUCGACUUCAUUGAUAGUGAGACUAAAACCGGGUAUCGUUGUCAAAUGCCCCAGGUAUUCGUGGUGGUAUUCCGGAGCGGCGGACGCAUCCUCAUUUGUCAAGGACAUCAAGCGCAGUUUCGAGGUUGAAGAGCGACUUUUCGAUAUAUUAGGGACGCACCCUAGAAUAAUAUGCUAUAUUGGUAUCUCUGAGGAACCUCGUGGAUUGCUCUUUGGCGAAGCUAGCGAUGGUAAUCUGCAAGCUUACAUUGACCAGCAUAAUGAUGCUAUCGACCUAUCUCUUCGUUUGAAAUGGUGUUGCCAGGCAGCAGAAGCCGUCCACUAUAUCCACCAAAAGGGAGUCAUUCAUUCCGACUUGCGGCCAGAGAAUUUGUUAUUACACUCCGAUUCCAAAAGCAAGCUCAAUCUUCUACUAUGUGAUUUUGGAGGGUCGACGAAUGGCGACAUAGAUGGUGGACAUCUCCCCGACUCCGGCUUUUUCAAUCCGUGCAAGCCAUGGGUGUCAACAGAGGCUGUGGACAUAUUCAGUCUCGGGUCGGUCUUCUACACGAUCAUGACCGGCCACUGGCCCUACAAGUCCCCUGGGCCAUUCCGAUCUGUGGCAGAGAAGAAUGACUACGAAGAACGAGUAGACACUCUCUUUGCGUCUCAAAAAUAUCCUUCAGUUGAUGGUCUUACUGGUGGUGCCGUGAUACAGGGAUGUUGGACAGAUCGAUACAGUGAUGUGGCGUCGCUCAUUCGAGAUCAAAAUUUGUCUUUCGGUGCGAUAGAAGCUUCUGGGGAUGGGCAUGACAUGGCUCAAGUAGCUUUUAACAACAUGUGA